CAAUGGGACGCUGUUACUAAAUGACUACAAGUCCCGUGUUUUAAGGGGGAGUGUCAUUUCAACGUCCGUGUUUCCAUACACCCAUAGAGGUGACCCCUCCGCUCUCAGUCCGACUCUGAACAGGGAGAGCAGCAGCCGAGCCAACCAACUCCAUCCUUUACUAGAAAUGGCUGAACCGAUCCGUGUUGUGGUGACUGGUGCUGCCGGCCAGAUCGCCUACUCCCUGCUCUACAGCAUCGCAAAGGGAGAUGUGUUUGGGAAGGAGCAGCCGAUCAUCCUGAUCCUGCUGGACAUCACCCCCAUGCUGCCUGUGCUGGAUGGAGUGGUCAUGGAGCUGCAGGACUGUGCUCUCCCACUUCUGAGGGAGGUCAUCCCUACUGACAAGGUGGAGGUGGGCUUCAAGGACAUCGACGCCGCCAUCUUGGUGGGAUCUAUGCCCAGGAAGGAGGGGAUGGAGAGGAAGGACCUCCUUAAAGCCAACGUGGCAAUCUUCAAGACUCAGGGAGCCGCUUUGGACAAGUUUGCCAAGAAGACUGUAAAGGUUCUGGUUGUUGGAAACCCAGCAAACACAAACUGUCUGAUUGCCUCCAAGUCGGCUCCAUCUAUCCCCAAAGAGAACUUCUCCUGCCUGACCCGACUGGACCACAACAGAGCAUGCUCCCAGGUGGCGAUGCGUUGCGGCGUGUCCUCCAACAACGUGAAGAACGUCAUCAUCUGGGGGAACCACUCCUCCACUCAGUACCCCGAUGUCCAUCACGCCAAGGUGAACGUGGGCGGCGGCGAGAAGGCCGCGUACGACGCCGUGAAGGACGACGCCUGGCUCAGAGGCGACUUCAUCUCUACGGUGCAGCAGAGAGGCGCCGCCGUCAUCAAGGCCAGGAAGCUGUCCAGCGCCAUGUCUGCGGCCAAGGCCAUUUGUGACCACAUGAGGGACAUCUGGUUUGGCACCAAGGAGGGUGAGUUCAUCUCUAUGGGUGUGUAUGCUGCUGGAAACUCCUAUGGCAUCCCAGAGGACCUCAUUUACUCCUUCCCGGUCCAGAUCAAGAACAAGACCUGGAAAAUAGUGGAUGGACUCCCCAUCAAUGACUUCUCCAGGGCCAAGAUGGAUGCCACAGCCACCGAGCUGGUGGAGGAGCGAGACACGGCCAUGGACUUCCUGUCCAACUGACUAUCCCCCCCUGCUGGCCAACAGCAGCUCUUAGAUCCUCCAAAGGCUGGCUGUUCUCGGCUCUGAAGAUGUCCUCCACUGUUACGCCAUCUGAGCUGCAGUCUGUGUGUCACCUCUGAGUGUGUGUGGGAAGGUGUGUGUGCGAGUGCGUUACUUGGGCCCUUCUUCAGGUUUCCAGAAAAUCUGUUCUAACCUCCACAACCCGGCCUCCUCUGUAUGCAAGACACCAAGAGAAUAUCUCUGUUAGUAGAUGAAAACGCACAUGUUGGCUGUGCAAAAACUGUAACAAACCACCUUCUCUUCAAUAAAACCAAGAAAAUCCGA